CGGGUGUGGGCUGUCAGAGGCCUGUCUUCAGCAACUCUGCUGCCAGAGUUUUGCUGUUUGGGCUGAAACUUCUCACAGCAGCUAUCUGCUGCAAGGGAAACUGGGGAAGGAAGAGAAGGAAGCCAAAAGAAAAGGGUGUUGGCUCAGGGAUGGAUCAGCAGUGUGUUCGUGCAUAAAGCUACUUGGGAAGGGGACGUAAAAGGAGUGGAAGUCUUGAAUGUUUGAUUUGUACUUAGCAACCCCUACUUACAAUGGGGAGCUAAUAUUUUAGCGAUAGAUUGCCUGGUGUGUGCGAAGUGUGGCUUCAGAAACCUCUGAUAAUGCGUCCGAAUUUGACCCUGACCCGGUCUUGUGUUCAGUCUUAAGUCAGUUUAUUGCGCAUGUGACUUCAGUACCUCUUACAUUCUUUAAAUAGUUGAUCUGUAUCAAGUAUGCUUCAUCCCAGGGCUUAGCUGUAAUUGCCUGUCUGCAAUUGCCUCUUACUGGUACUGGCUGGCCACAGGAAAUUAGGAGAGUGGUGAAAUUCUUGGUGUGCAAGAGACAGGAAAGUGGACACAGUGCAGGUAUCUUAGAGGGAUAGCUAGUAUAAGUAAUAGCUUCAUGUUGAACAUGAGCCUUGUUAUGAUCAGUGAGAAUGUAAAGCUGGCCCGUGAAUACGCCUUACUGGGAAAUUAUGACUCUGCAAUGGUCUACUACCAGGGAGUUCUUGACCAAAUGAAUAAGUACCUCUACUCUGUCAGAGAUACAUAUCUGCAGCAGAAAUGGCAACAGGUUUGGCAGGAGAUAAGUGUGGAAGCUAAGCAUGUGAAAGAUAUAAUGAAAACACUAGAGAGUUUUAAACUAGACAGUACGCCAUUGAAAGCUUCACAACAAGAAUUACCGGCUCAUGAUGCAGAAGUCUGGUCUUUGCCAGUACCUGCUGAACGUAGACCUUCGCCAGGACCCAGAAAACGUCAGUCUGCUCAGUGCAGUGAUUGCAGAGGUCACAAUAAUCGUAUAAGUGCAGCUGUCAGAGGCCCUCACCGUCCAUCCUCUCGAAAUCCCAAUGAUAAAGGGAAGGCAGUUCGGAGCCGGGAAAAAAAGGAUCAGCAAAAUAAAGGAAAAGAGGAAAAGAACAAAUCCACAUCUGAGAUUUCAGAGUCUGAACCAAAGAAGUUUGAUAGUACUGGAUAUGAUAAAGAUUUAGUAGAAGCUUUGGAAAGAGAUAUAAUUUCUCAGAAUCCCAACAUUCGAUGGGAUGACAUUGCUGAUUUGGUAGAAGCCAAAAAGCUGCUUAAGGAAGCUGUAGUUUUACCAAUGUGGAUGCCAGAGUUUUUUAAGGGAAUUAGAAGACCAUGGAAGGGUGUGCUGAUGGUUGGUCCUCCUGGUACUGGAAAGACCCUCCUGGCAAAAGCUGUAGCCACUGAAUGCAAGACUACUUUUUUCAAUGUUUCUUCUUCCACACUUACCUCAAAAUACAGAGGAGAGUCUGAGAAACUUGUUCGUCUACUGUUUGAAAUGGCUCGAUUUUAUGCCCCAACAACUAUAUUUAUUGAUGAGAUAGACUCUAUCUGUAGUCGCAGGGGAACUUCAGAGGAGCAUGAAGCUAGCCGACGUGUGAAGGCAGAACUGCUAGUUCAAAUGGAUGGUGUUGGAGGAGCUACUGAAAAUGACGAUCCUUCCAAGAUGGUCAUGGUACUUGCUGCUACUAAUUUUCCUUGGGAUAUUGAUGAAGCCCUAAGACGGAGACUAGAAAAGAGAAUUUACAUUCCUUUACCAUCAGCAAAAGGUAGAGAGGAACUCCUAAGAAUAAAUCUGCGAGAGCUGGAACUGGCUGAUGAUGUUGACCUUGCAAAUAUAGCUGAGAAAAUGGAGGGUUAUUCAGGUGCAGACAUUACCAACGUAUGCAGGGAUGCGUCACUGAUGGCUAUGAGAAGGCGUAUUGAAGGCUUAACACCAGAAGAAAUAAGAAAUCUUUCGCGAGAUGAAAUGCACAUGCCAACAACUAUGGAAGACUUUGAAAUAGCUUUGAAGAAAGUUUCUAAAUCUGUAUCUGCUGCGGACAUUGAGAAAUAUGAGAAAUGGAUAGUUGAGUUUGGAUCAUGCUGAGUUGUCUUGUCUUGAAGAAGCCACCUUACGUCUUAAAACAGCUAUAGAAUAAUAAGUAGUGUGUCUGUGCACUGCGUGCUCUUUUUAAUUUUUGUAAUUUAAGAGCAACAGAUGUCUAAAUAAAUCUUUUUUUUUAAAAUGCAAA